AUGUCAGUUCCAAUUGCUAAAUCAAUUAAGGUCGCUCUACUUCAAUUUUAUGCAGGCUCAGAUAAAAUUGCCAAUCUUAGCAAAGCCAAAGAGUACUUUCUUAAGGCUUUGAAAAAAGAGCCUGAUUUGGACUUGCUGGUCUUGCCUGAAUGCUUCAAUUCCCCAUAUGCUGUUGAUCAGUUCCACAACUAUUGCGAGAGGAUCCCCGGGGGUGAAACUACAAAUAUGCUCUCCAAGUUUGCCAGAGAAAAUAGCAUCAAUAUCAUCGGAGGAUCAUUUCCGGAAUUGGGUGAAGAUGGGAACGUCUACAAUACCUCCUUGACUUUCAAUAAAAGUGGUGAAAUUGUAGCCAAGCAUCGCAAAGUUCAUCUUUUCGAUAUAGAUAUUCCCGGUAAAAUGACCUUCAAGGAGUCUGCAUCUCUUCAUUCUGGAAACAAAGCCACAGUUUUCGACUUGGAAGGACUAGGAAAAUUCGGUUUGGCCAUCUGCUACGAUAUCAGAUUCCCCGAAUUAGCCAUGAUAGCAUCAAGAAGGGGCGCAGGUGUUAUGUGCUAUCCUGGAGCUUUCAAUACGGUCACUGGACCUAAAUUCUGGACAAAAUUCGGUGUGGCUCGAGCCAUAGACAACCAAAACUAUGUCAUUCUUUGCUCUCCCGCAAGAAAUCCUAACGGUGGCUAUCAGGCAUAUGGACAUUCCAUGGUUGUUGAUCCAAAUGGUGAUGUUCUAAUUGAAGCAGGACACGGUGAAGAAAUUGUCUACGCUGAAUUGGACCCCCAAGUAGAGAUCGAUGCCAGGACAAGUAUCCCUUUAUCUUCCCAGAGAAGAUUUGAUAUCUACAAAGAUGUUUCCAAGGAUGCUGUGACCAGUGCGCUGUAA